CGGGGGUGUGAGAAUAUAUUGUGAAAUAUAUUGUGAGUCUUACAAAUGAAACUUAGAGUCCUAUUAGAGGCAUAAUUGUAUUAGAGUCAUGAUAGUAUUGUAUUUGUAUUUCCUUUUUGGUUUAGGAGUUAGGGCUAUAUAUAUUCCAAGGUCUGAUUGCAAUUGAUACAAUUGAAUAUACAGAAAAGCUUUCAGGAAUCUUACAAUCUCAUCAUCCCCAAGUCCCAAUCUCAUUUCAGCCAAUAUCAUCCUCUGUUCCCAAGUUUUCAUUCCUCCUACAAUGCAAGGCUGAAUGGGUUCAAAAUCCAAUCUGCUUCACAUCUACUUCUUACCAAUGAUGGCCCAUGGCCACAUGAUACCGCUCGUGGACAUGGCCAGACAAUUUGCUCGGCAUGGUUCAAAGGUAACCAUAAUUCUGACACCCGGCAAUGCAACUCUCUUCUCCAAAACAAUCGAGAGGGACAGAGAACUUGGCCUUCAAACUAAUAUUCGUCUAAUUGUCUUCCCUUCUGCAGAAGUCGGGUUGCCAGAAGGAUGUGAGAACUUAAGUUCCACUACUUCUCAGGAAAUGUCCCUAAAAAUUCACAAGGCCGGCGAGCUGCUUCAACAACCAUUUGAACAGCUCUUGGAAGAAGAUCGCCCUGAUUGCCUUGUGGCUGAUGUGUUCAUCCCAUGGGCUACUGAUGUUGCAACCAAGGUUGGGAUUCCAAGGCUGGCUUUCCAUGGAACUAAUGCAUUUUCUCUCUGUGUUCAUCACGUCUUACACAAUCAAGAACCUCACAAAAACAUUGAAUCCAACACGGAAUCCUUCAUUGUGCCUAACCUUCCAGACACAAUAAAGUUGACAAAACUACAACUUCUGGAUCCCACAAGAAGCGGAACUGAAAGCCAUUUUGCCAAGAUGGUUGGAAAACUUAUGAAAGCAGAGAGGACAAGUUACGGAAUAGUUAUAAACAGCUUCCACGAGCUAGAACCAGCAUAUUCAGAAUACUACAGGAAGGUCGUAGGACGACGGGCAUGGCAUAUUGGUCCGGUCUCACUCUGCAACAGAGAUGAUGAAGAUAAAGCUUGUAGAGGAAACCAAACCUCUAUCGAUGAACAUGAGUGCUUGACUUGGCUUGCCUCAAAGAAGCCCAACUCAGUUCUAUAUGUGUGCUUUGGAAGCUUGUCCAACUUUUCGACUGCUCAGCUACGUGAGAUAGCAAUGGGUCUAGAAGCUUCUGGACAACAAUUUAUUUGGGUGGUAAGGAAGGAGAAAACAAAGGAAGAGUGGUUGCCGGAAGGAUUUGAGAAGCAGUUGGAGGGGAGAGGAUUAAUAAUAUGGGGUUGGGCCCCACAAGUGCUAAUACUCGAUCAUGAAGCAAUUGGAGGGUUUAUGACUCACUGUGGAUGGAACUCGGUGCUGGAGGGAUUGACAGCUGGAGUGCCACUGAUCACCUGGCCACUCUUUGCUGAGCAAUUUUCCAAUGAAAAGCUGGUGUCUGAUAUUCUGAAGGUAGGAGUUGCAGUAGGUGCUCAGGAAUGGUGUCAAUGGCCAGAUGAUACUAAGAUCUAUGUAAAGAGGGACGAUAUAGAGAAGGCAGCGGCUCAACUAAUGGUUGGUGAAGAAGCUGAGGAAAUGAGGAGCCGAGCACAUGCACAGGGAGAUAUGGCAAAGAAGGCUGUUGCAAAGGGUGGAUCAUCGUACUCUGAUUUGAGUGCUUUAAUAGAAGAAAUGAAGUUGAAUUGCCACUGAGACAAGUUACUAGAUCUUUGGCCCUUUCAAAGGCUUGUAUCUGUUCACGUAUAUUUACAAUAAUCUUGUUCAUAUAUUGUUAUUAUUUUUGCUAUGAAAAAUCAGAACAUAACACCUGCUCAAAUCCCACCCCUUUACCACUUGAGCCAAGGUUCGAUAAAUUAAAAUACUACUUACAAUUAGUGAGAGCAAGGGUUAAAAAAUGAACUAAUUCAAAACAAAACACCACCACAGAUAACCAAACCAAACCGAAGGGGAAAAAAAUAAACUUCUCCAGAGAUGCUUAAGAACACCUCAUUGAAAACCCAAAUAAUAAUAGAAAAGAAGCAGAUGAGGAAGGAAAAGGCAACAGCCAAGCAAUGAUCCAAUCCACAAUGUAAGGAAAUACAGAUUGCAAGAAAAUGUGGGAAAACCUUUUUCAUAAGCUAUGAUUUCUUAUAUGCAUUAAAGUUCCUCAUCUUUCUCACUUCCAUAACAAACCAACCAUUGACCUCAAAAACAAAUGUUAAAAGGAGGAUAUAUGAGGAGUCAUAUAAAUAGUUGUUGCGUACAGGAACUCAAUUCUUUUAUGAGUAGCCCACUUUCUCACCCUCAGGAAUAGAAUCUGUCUUAACUGGGAAGACAUAAAGCAAACAAAUAACAACCAGACCCAAAAAAAACGAAAUGUAAGACAGAUCAACCCAUUUUGAAAAUAUUUGAAGUUUGGGUUCCAUAAUUUCAUUAACAUGAACAAAAAUGCAAUAUAUUUUUUAGAGCACUCAUUGUAAAAAGCAGAUUAUGCAUCACAACACGAGCAAUUGCCAAAAUAAAUUACAGUUUCGAUGCAUUCUAUAUAGCAAAUUACGAGGGAUAUAGCAGCAUACUACUUUGUCACAAACAACCCAAAAGUUAUUUUCUCUUGUUCAAUCAAACAACCAAUAGUCAUGAUACCACACUUGACUAACAUUAAAAAAUUUCCCAUGGCAAAGACCUGUAAUUCCACAUAAUUAUAUAGUUGAAGCCAAGUCCUUUGAAGCAUCACAAAUCACACAACACAAGAAACGUAAAAUUGCGGCAAA